UAUUCUGAAUGCCUCAAAUGUAUGUAAAAGUAAUUCUAAGUGUGGCUUUGAUGACUGGAUCUACAUUGGGAUACGAAAACAUUGCUUUACUUAAACCAACUUGGCAGUAUGCGGAAUAUAGCUCGAGGGAUGGUAGAUUCCAUGCCAGUAAUGCUGUUGAUGGACUUAAAAGUAAUCUCUCAGCCUUGGGAGGACAGUGUGUCGUAUCUGCAAAUGAAAGAAACAGUGCCACAUGGUUGGUGGAUCUUAAAUCCAUCCUCAGCAUACACCACAUUACGAUUUAUUAUAGAACAGAUAACUCAAGGUGGGAUAGAGUUGAUGGCUACAACACAAGAUUUUUGGGAUUUUAUGUUUACAUCUCGAACACAACUAACAAAAAUGAUGGAAUCCUUUGUUAUCAUGACACGAACUACACAAAAUCAACCAUUCCACCUGUAAUCAACAUACGAUGCCUUUUCCAUGGAAGAUAUGUAAUCUAUUAUAAUGAGAGGCCGCAGUAUUUUCAACCGUCUAGUGAAUAUUCCCAAUAUGCAUACAAUGAGUUGUGUGAAGUUGAAGUUUACGGAUGUCCUAUUGCUGGCUUCUAUGGAUCAAAUUGUUCUAUCCCCUGUGCUGACAAUUGUGGGAACGGUUAUUGUCACAUAGAGAAUGGAAAGUGUUAUUGGUGUAAGCCAGGAUAUAAAGGUCCUUAUUGUAAACACGAAUGUGAUGGUAGAAAAUAUGGACAAGAUUGUGAAGAAAGCUGUGGAGCUUGUCUGGGUUAUAAACAAUGUCACCAUAUAAAUGGGUCAUGUCUUGAAAGCUGUGACAGUGGUUAUAAAGGAGAACUUUGUACGACUGGUUGUUUUGGUUGGAAGUUUGGCAUUAACUGUGAGGAAUAUUGUAAUAAAAACUGUGGUGUACAGUAUAAGUGUAACAGCACGACCGGACAGUGUGAGGGUGGAUGUCAGCCAGGUUGGGAGGGUCCAAAAUGCGAUCAGGUCUGCAGCAGAAAUAAGUUCGGAGAAAACUGUACUCACUUAUGUGGAUUCUGUCGAUACUCUCCUUGUCAUCACCUAAAUGGGUCCUGUUUAGGAGAAUGUGCAGAAGGAUACCGAGGAACUCUAUGCAUUGAAGAGUGUGAGGCUGGGUUUUAUGGAUAUAAAUGCAAACAAGAGUGUAGCCUUUUCUGCAAGACAUCACGUGACUGCAACCACGUGACAGGAUAUUGCAACGAUGGAUGCAUAGGUGGAUGGCAGGGUGCAAAGUGUUUGCAAGUUGCGGAAAAAAUGGUAGGUCUGGAAUGGUCAUCACGAUUCUACGCCGUUCUUGCAGCGUUGUGCGUUUGUAUAACAAUAAUUGUGCUUUUGAUAGUCUACAUAUGUUAUUAUAGAAGGAGGACCAACAAAAGACUUAAGAAACAGAAGUUCAAAGGGAAUAACGAGACUAAGGCGGGGAAAGUAGACCUCGGAGUCAUUUCUUGUAAAAUUGAUGAAGAUGAAAGCAGCAGAUAUCAAGAGCUUGGUGAAGAUAAGUACCAAGGGUCCAUCUCAGAAAUCUCAGCGAAUACGAUUCGUAAAGAGGGCAAAACCACUGAAAACACAAGAGUUAGGAUAGGAUCUGUCGUAGGAGAAUGCGUAUUUGUUUUCAGUAUGAUGUUCACUUGUGUAGCAAUUACUGCUCUGGUAUUUACAAUUGAUUUCAUAUUUUGCUACGAAAACAUAGCUCUAAAUAAAUCAACAUGGCAAAAACUCCAGUACAAUCCAGGAGAUAGUAGAUUCCAUUCCAGUAAUGCUGUUGAUGGACUUAAGACUGACCUCAGUGCAUUCGGAGGUCAAUGUGUGUUAACUGCUGAUAAACAGAGCACUGCCACCUGGUGGGUAAACUUGACAUCCGUCGUUAGUAUACAUCACAUCUUAAUAUAUUACAGGACUGAAAAUGAAGAAUGGGGUCCUUCAAAUCCUUACACCACCAGAUUUCUAGGAUUUCAACUGUAUAUUUCAAAUACAACAGAUAGAUUUGAUGGUUAUUUAUGUUUUCACGAUACAAACCACAACAGAUCCACAAUACCAUCUGUCGCUAACAUAAGCUGUCCUAUACAUGGACAAUACGUAAUCUACUACAAUGAGAGACUUCCUAAUGCAACUUAUCCAAGUGGAUAUUCUCAGUAUGCUUUUACUGAUUUCUGUGAAGUUGAAGUGUAUGGUUGUUCUGCUCCCAGGGUGUAUGGAUCAAAUUGUUCCAUCCCGUGUCCUGUAAACUGCAAGCAGUACUGUCAUGUAGAAUCAGGAAAUUGUUUUCAAUGUGAUCCUGGUUAUAAGGAUGGACAUUGUGAACAGCAAUGCAAUAUGAGGAAAUACGGAGAAGACUGCAGUCAGGACUGCGGUGUCUGUCUGGAUUACAAACAAUGUGAUCACAUAAACGGAACAUGUGAUGAAGGAUGCGAUAGUGGAUACUACGACCUACUCUGUAAAACAGAAUGUAUUCCUGGAAAGUAUGGUGUAAACUGUAAGGACACAUGUAGUGAACUCUGUACAGUGACAAACAGAUGUAACCAUACAUCAGGGGAAUGCGAGGGAGGCUGCAAACCAGGGUGGAAAGGAUUAUUAUGUGAUAAAGAAUGCGACGGGGGUAAAUAUGGUUUUCACUGCAAUGAAACCUGUGGAAGUUGUCGUUAUCUACAUCAGUGUCACCAUAUCAACGGUUCAUGUGAAGACGGCUGCAAACCGGGAUACCAAGGGGUGAAGUGCGAUAACGUUUGUAGUUUUGGUUAUUUUGGAUCUGACUGCAAAGAAGAAUGCAGUGCAUUUUGUAAGAAAACACGUGACUGUCAUCAUGUGACUGGUUCCUGUAGAGAGAGUUGUAAGGCUGGCUGGCAAGGACACGACUGUUUUCAGAUCCAAGCAAAGGAGGAGAGCGACUGGCAAUCACGAUUUUACGGUCUUCUAGCUGGGUUUUGUGUUUGUGUAGCAGUUAUAGCCGUUUUAUUAGUAGUGGUGUUUCUGCAACGACGUCGCAUGAGUGGGAAGAGAGCAGGGCAAAGUCAUAAGGAAAGUCAAAAUCCACAAUGUAAUGCUGGUUACGUAGAUGUAAUGACCACUGAAAAUGUUAGAAGUGAAUACCAAGAGCUCAGUGACAUUAAAGGAUCCUCAACAUAUGACGUUAUCAAAUGAUAAGCAUUAUAAAUAUAACUUGGGUCUUUACUACAGACCUGCGAUGACAAAUUUAUUAUGUCUAAAAGGUUUUUUUUUAUCUAUGAAAAAGAAAUCAAUAUUGACCGAAGCGAAGCCAGAGUCAAUAUCCAUAAUUUUCUGAUGGACAUUAUAAACUUAAAAGACAGCAUGUUUUGUAUAGUAUCGAAUGAAAAUAGAGAAUUAAGCAUGCGUACAACAGAAUUUUUCAUGAACGAGCUCCUGUUGUGCAGAGGCUCAAAAUAUCCAAUUAAAUAUAACUUUACAA